AGGGUCAUGAUGUGGAAAAACACUGGAAAAACUAUCAAAGGUCCAGGGCAGUUUGCUUAUCAGCUGUGUUUUGUUAGGGAUUUUUCGGUGGGUGGGAUUUUCAAUCAGCAGACCCAUUUGGACUAUGCAGAAGCCAGUGCACCACGAGCUGAUGAAAAAUGGCAGCAAGCUAAGCUCUAUAAGGAUAUUCCAGGACCUAGUAGCUUGCGUAUGAUUUCCUAUUUUAUGCCGGGAGGUGUUCUUUACAAUACGAAUCUGAUUCAAAUGAACCGACGUAUGCGGGAGAUGUACGGAGAUAUAUAUAGUAUGCCGGGCUUGAUGGGUAGACCCAAUGUGGUCUUCACCUACAAUCCAGAGGACUUUGAGGUGACCUAUCGCAACGAGGGCCUUUGGCCUAUUCGAAUUGGCCUGGAGAGUUUCAGCUAUUACCGAAAAGUCCAAAGACCAGACGUUUUCGGAGGCAUAGGAGGUUUGGUCUCAGAACAAGGCCAAGCCUGGGCAGAUAUUCGAAACAAGGUGAAUCCCGUUUUGAUGAAGGUUCAAAAUGUAAGGCAGAAUCUGCCACAACUUGAUCUGAUAGCCAAGGAAUUUGUGGAUAAAUUGGAAGCCCAAAGAAAUCCCGAGACCCAUCACCUCGAUAAUAACUUCCAUGAUCAGCUGAAAAUGUGGGCCUUCGAAAGCAUUAGUUUUGUGGCCUUGAACACUCGAAUGGGCCUACUGACCGAUCAACCUGAUCCGAAUGCCUCCCGACUGGCCCACCAUAUGGGUGAAUUUUUCAACUACAGCUUCAAGUACGAUGUUCAGCCCUCCAUCUGGCCCUACUACAAGACACCGGGCUUUAAGAAGUUCCUGAAAACCUACGACGAUAUUACAGAGAUUACCACCAACUACAUAGAGGAGGCCAUCAAACGAUUUCAGAGCCAGGAAGAGGGUCAAACCAAUUGCGUCCUCCAACAGCUCUUGGGUCUUAACAAGCAAGUAGCUGUGGUGAUGGUCAUGGACAUGCUGAUGGCUGGAAUUGAUACGACCUCUUCGUCCUUGCUCACCAUCCUCUACCACCUCUCCCGGAAUCCCGAAAAGCAAGAGCAACUGCGUCGGGAACUGCGAAGGGUUCUACCCGAUCCCCAAGGAUCUCUCUCCGAAGAUAGCACCAAGAACAUGCCAUACUUAAGGGCCUGCAUCAAGGAGGGUCUGCGCAUCACCUCUAUUACGCCUGGAAACUUCCGCAUAACCACAAAAGACCUGGUGCUGUCGGGUUACCAAGUGCCUCGCGGAACCGGUGUACUAAUGGGUGUCCUGGAGCUGUCCAAUAGCGAUGAGUACUUCGCAAAGAGCGCUGACUUUCUGCCGGAACGCUGGCUAAAAGCGGAUUCAGCGCCCGGAGUCCAGGCCUGUCCCGAGGCCCGAUCCCGGAAUCCGUUCGUGUACCUGCCCUUCGGCUUUGGACCAAGAACCUGCAUCGGUAAGCGGAUCGCCGAGCUGGAAAUCGAGACCCUCCUGGUUCGCCUACUGAGGAGCUACAAGAUCAGCUGGCUGCCAGAAAGUCCAAUGCAAUACGAGAGCACUAUUAUCCUGGCGCCGUGCGGCGACAUUCGCUUCAAGCUGGAACCUGUGCAGGAUUCUUAGCUACAGAGUUUCAAAACAUUAUAUUUCCUAAAUGUGAUACACUUAUCCUACGCUCAAGUACAGACAACCGAUUGAAUUCAGAG